UGUAUACAGGCUAUAUAUAAUACGUUCAGAUAUUCCUGACCCACUGACAGAGAGUCAGAGGGUUUCAUGAGAGCCAGGCACAAUAAUUUAUCACAGAUUUCUCUAUUAGCUAACAUUCAUAUAUUUUCAGUAUUUCCAAUAUUUUCCCACCUUUUAGGCAAAACAUACAUGUUUAGAAGUGCAAGCUUUUAGAUGUUUUAUCUUUGUACCCCGCUCUCCUCAGCUGGAGUGGGCAUACCUCCAUACAGCAGCAGCAGCAGCAGCAGUCCGGCGGAAGGAGGGAGGGGUUUGAGCCGCACCGGGAAACUAGAGGCUCGAUGCAGCCUCCGCAGAUUCAUGAAGUCAGGCUGUCUCCAGACCGCAAUGGCUAUGGGUCUAACGUCGAAAAAAUCGUCUUCUAGAAAUGCCGGUGUGGAGCGCAAGAAUCUCAUCACCGUCUGCAGGUUUUCUGUGAAGACGUUGUUGGAAAAGUACACUGCCGAGCCUAUUGACGACUCAUCGGAGGAGUUCAUCAACUUCGCGGCAAUUUUGGAGCACAUCCUCAGUCACCGUUUCAAAGGUCCAGGUGGUUGGUUCAGUUCAGAUGGCCAGAGGAGUUUCUGGGACUAUAUCCGUCUGGCCUGUAGUAAAGUCCACAACAACUGUAUCAGUAGCAUUGAAAGCAUCGAGAACAUUAGCACAUCACGUGCGAAGGGGCGAGCCUGGAUUCGUGUAGCUUUGAUGGAGAAGCGUUUGUCUGAAUAUGUAGCCACUGCAUUAAGAGACACUCGGACUACCAGGCGAUUUUAUGAUGAUGGUGCCAUUAUGCUAAGGGAGGAGGCUACUGUUCUGACGGGUAUGCUAAUUGGACUCAGUGCCAUCGACUUUAGUUUCUGCCUGAAAGGAGAGGUUUUGGAUGGAAAGACACCCGCAGUGAUUGACUACACACCUUACCUUAAGUUUACCCAGAGCUAUGACUACUUGAGUGAUGAAGAGGACCGCCGCAGUGUGGACAGCAGUGCCAGUGAUGAGAGUGUAGCUGAGCAUCCUUAUAUUCCUCUGGUCACGGACGAAGAGACCUGGAGCAACAAGUGCCGAAAGAUGGAGCAAAAAUUCAAGAUUAUCUAUGCCCAAAAGGGUUAUUUAGAGGAAUUGGUGCGCUUGAGGGAGUCCCAGCUGAAAAAUGUAGAAACUGAGAACAAGAGGCUAGAUGCUAAGCUAGAGGAACUACAGGUCCAGAGUCAACAAGAGAAGAAAGAACUGGAGGCCAUUAUACUGGAGCUACAAGCACAACUCACUGGCAUCAUUCCUUGUGAGUCCUCUCAUUUAGUAAAAGGCUUAUCUAUACCACUCGUUAACCAAUGGACAACUGCACAAGCCGCCAACAACCAAGGAAACGUAAAGCUGUUCCGUCGGAGAAGUUUUCACAGUUUGGACCUCUCGGCUGAUGUGAGUUUGAACUCUGACUCUCAGAAGGAAGACGGCAAUCAGAAUGGAGACAACGCCUGGUCAGCAGCUAAAGACAACACUCCCUCUAUGCUCGGUCUAUGUGGUUCUUUGGCUUCUCUACCCAGCUGUAAGUCUCUGGCAAGUCUGAAAUCCAGUGAGUAUUUGGUCAACAUCAGCACAGAGCCAAGUCCUGCUCUGUCUCCCAGCUAGGGGGCGCCAAAGUCCAAUCAACGACACUCUCUGUCUCAACUGUACUUUCCCUCAAGAGAAAUCACAAUUGUCCUAUUAACAUCCUCCAAAGUUCCCAAUGAUCUGAAACAAAACAUAAUGACAAUGUGGAUUGAUUGUGUUUUAUGGGUGAAGGUGUUUAAUCUGAAUUUGGUAUUUGUGAAGUGUAAGAUCCAAUCUUAAAAUUCCAUGAAUUGACGAACCCAGCUCUCUUACUUUCCUACUUUUACUCACCAAUUUAUUAUUCACUCUUGUCUUCCACCCUUCAGUACAGUCUUUAUCAGCAUGUUUGAGUGUCUGUAACAUCCAGAUAUUAGAGCCCAAGGCACAGCAGCUUCCCGGCCCCAAAGGCACAAACAGUUGAUACACAAAACUCAAGACUUGGCAGUUAUUCAUUAUACAUAAAUUCAUCUAAAAUUAGCAUUAACAUAGAGUGGCACAUCUGGUCAUUUGUUAGCCGCAGUCAAAUCUCUGAUUUAGACAUAUUACCUUCUUCCUAAGCUUAUCAACUUACAACAAAAGAUAUGUGUGAAUAAAAGAGAGAGAGAUGAAGGGAGGGAGAGGGCAGAAGCUGCAUCUGCAUGUGAAAUGCGCUUUAUUGAGGCUGUACAUGCCUCGGCUGCCUCAUUGUACUUGCGCCUUUGACAGUUAUAUAAUAUGACAGCAAGCAUUUCAAAUAUUUUGUCAUAUUUUUCUUAUUGGUGUCUCUUCAUUUCUUGUGUUUUUUCAGUUUCUGUAUGUUUAUAUAAUUGUCUAUUUUAUGCGGUGGUGGCAAUGCUCUGCAGUUCUGAAUUGUAAUAAAUGAUUCUUAUGUUAUCUUAA